UGGAAAGCUGUCUGAUCUGCCACUUUCAAAACAUCCCAUGUGGGAAAACCUUGGAGGAUGAGCCGCCGCUCCUGAGGGGAAAAUCUGCAUCUUCUCAUCUCAGCUGCACAGGUGCUUGAAGAGCGACUCCUUUCAUAAUGAACUGUGCUGCUAUUCUUCUAUUAACAGCAAGCUGCUUCACCUGGUCCCCAGCUAUUUACAUCCCCAACAGACCAGAGUCCAAGAAGCUCAAAUAUCUCAUCGAGCCUCCGGUGUACGCCGAGGUCAGCGGCCGCAGGGGGGAAAAUGUCACCUUGCCGUGUAUCCUGAGAACCAAACCCAACCACUACAAAGUCAAAUGGACCAAACUGGAGCCGGAACAUCGCGGGACGGAGAACAUCGUCAUCAUCUCAAACGGACACACCUUCAAGCCGUACGGCUACCUCGGCCUGCGGGCCAACCUCCGGAAGGCUCACGUCAUGGACGCCUCGCUGCAGCUCAGCCACCUGGAGCUGGAGGACGGCGGCAGGUAUCGCUGCGAGCUGGUCAACGGCAUUGAGGACGAGAGCGUUCUCGUCACUUUGACGAUUGAAGGGGUGGUGUUCCCGUAUCAGAGUAAAAACGGCCGCUACCAGUUCGCUUUCCACGAGGCGAAGCAGGCGUGUGCUGAGCAAGACGGGACGUUAGCCUCUUUCAACCAGCUGUACAGAGGUUGGACGGAGGGUCUGGACUGGUGUAAUGCCGGCUGGCUCCGUGACGGGUCGGUUCACUACCCCAUUCUGCGUCCCCGUCCCACCUGCGGAGGGGAGCUGCUGCCUGGCAUUCGCAGCUACGGACUGAAGGACAAGAAUCACGACCGCUUUGACGCUUUCUGCUUCACCUCUUUGACCCCCGGCACAGUGUUUUACAUAGCAGGGCCUUUCUCCUACAGCCAGGCAGCGCAAGCCUGCAAACACAAGGGAGCAGAGCUGGCCCUGGUCGGCCACCUCUACUCCGCGUGGCGUUUCCAAAACUACGACCAGUGUGACGGGGGAUGGCUGAGAGACGGCAGCGUGCGGUAUCCCAUCACCACCCCCAGGGAGCGCUGCGGAGGCAUGCCUGAGCCCGGGGUGCGCUCCUUUGGGUUUCUCGACAAAAGCCUGCAGCUCUACGGAGCGUAUUGCUAUAGGUAGCCUGAAACAGCAGCAGCUGGUCUGAGACAAGGCACACGUGUGCUACUUUGCAACACGCCAUGUAUGUGUUGUUAUCAACAUUAAUGCAUGAGUGUUUUACCAAACUGCUGUAGACCCAGUGUGCAGAGAAUAGCAUCUUUAGAGUUACAAACAUCAGUCGUUACUGUUGACUUCAAUCUCAUAAAGAGCUUAGAGAUAUAUAAAUGUUGCUCAUGAACAAAUAAACCAACAAACCAACAAACAAACAAACAAAAAACCGAAUGGGCCCAGAAAUGUCCACCUGAA